AUGUCAACACAAAAAGCUGUCGUCGUCACCGAGUUCGGAAAGGCGGAGCUAGUCACCGAUCGUCCAAUUCCCACAUUGCGGGAUGACUAUCUUCUCGUAAAAACCGUUGCCGUUGGCUUGAACCCUACAGACUGGAAAUCAAUUGCCAGAUUCGCUCCCGCCGGUGUCCAAGUUGGCUGUGACUUCUCUGGCAUAGUGGAAGCCGUCGGCAAAGGCGUGAAAAAGCAAUGGAAGAAGGGUGACCGUGUGUGCGGAUUCGCUCACGGUAGCAAUCAACUGCAGCCGGAAGAUGGCGCCUUCGCUGAGCACAUUGUCGUCAAGGGCGACGUGGUGAUCAGGCUGCCAGAGAACUUGACCUUCCAAGAAGGUGCCACCCUCGGUGUGGGCAUCGUGACAAUCGGCCACGCGCUCUACAAGAAUCUAAAGCUUGCUCUGCCUAAUGAGCCCACUUCUGACCCUGCGCCAAUCCUGAUCUAUGGCGGUUCUACCGCGACCGGAACCUUGGCUAUCCAGUUUGCCAAGCUGUCCGGUUACACUGUGCUCGCCGCGUGUUCCCCGCACAACUUUGAUCUUGUGCGUGGUCUUGGUGCGGAUGCGGUGUUCAAUUCGAGGGACCCGAAGGCUGCUGCUGAGAUCAAGGCGUUUACCAAUGAUAAUUUGAAGCUUGUCUUUGACUGUAUCGGACUGGAGCCGAGCAUCAAAUUCUGUGAGGAGGCUAUUUCUUCGGGUGGUGACUACAGCCAUCUGUUGAGGACGGAGUUUGGGCGUGAGGACGUGAACCACCACUAUACUCUCGGUUACACAGUGCUUGGAGACGAGCUUAGGUUUGGCGAUAUCGUUGUCCCCGCCAAGCCGGAGGACAGGGCUCAUACCGAGAGCUUCAUCCCUAUCGUUGAGACUAUUCUGGCGGAAGGAAAGAUCAAAGUCCACCCUCCGAAUGUUGGAAAGGGGGGAUUGAGAGGCGUUUUGGAUGGGCUAGAUGCGUUGAAGAAUGACAAAGUCAGCGGUGAGAAGCUGGUUUACAAUGUUGACGAGACUCUGUAG